UGCAAACCGGUUUAGACGUGAAACGGCUGAAAUCAAGUAUCACGGACCUGAUUUCAGCCGUUUCAGCCUUUGAAGGACCUCAAGCACGCCCGAGGUCCUUCAAAGUUUGCGAGAGAAGCAUCCAUUAAGCGCCCCACCGUCCACGGCUCGUCACGCCACAACCGCUGCUACUGCGCCUGCUUUUACGGCUGCUGAAGUUUUUGCUGCCAUCCACACUUUUCAGCACUUUUAUCCACACUUUUUCUGCUGCUGCCUUCCACGGGGCUCGGCUGCAGGACCAGAUGGCUUAAGGCCUCAACAUUUGCUGGACAUGGUGGGCUCGAAGUUAGAUGAUCAUAGCGGAUCCCUUUGCGAAGCCAUUGCCUCUAUGUUGACGCUGGUUUCACAGGGAAAGAUACCUGCGGAUAUACGGCCGAUCUUCUUUGGUGGUAAAUUAUUGGCGUUACGCAAGAAAGACGGUGGACUGCGCCCGAUAGCGGUAGGACUGUCGUUGCGCCGCCUGAUCGCUAAAAUUAUUUUCAACAGGAUAGCGGACCGGGCAACUGCUUUGCUCACUCCUCACCAGUCUGGCUUUAACGUUCGGGGCGGAGCCGAAGCUAUCGUCCACGCAACCAGACAUUUUAUACUGUCCAAACCGGAGGAUAUAAAAGCGCUCGUGAAGAUCGAUUUUCGCAAUGCCUUCAACACCGUUUCCCGAGAAAUAAUUUUGGAUGCCGUGCAUACCCAUUUCCCGGAGUACGAUGAAUUCUUCUGGUCGGCGUAUGGAUAUCAUUCUUCUUUGUUCAUUGAUCAGACAGUGCUGUCGUCUGAAUGUGGAGUGCAGCAGGGCGACCCGCUAGGACCUUUGUUAUUUUGCCUUGCAUUGCUCCGUGUGAUUGCUACGCUCAGUACCGAGCUUAACGCUUGGUACCUUGAUGACGGAACCCUGGGCGGAGCGCCGGCGGCAGUUGCAGAAAACUUCACUCGGGUAAUCGAAGGCGCUCGUACCAUUGGACUGGACAUAUAUGAAUCCAAAUGCGAGCUUUUUGUAUCGGGAGGCUCCGAAAGUGAACGUCAGGAAGUUAUCGAGUCUUUUGUUUCGCAUCAUCCUCAGCUCCGUGUGAUAUCCAACUCCACUUUAACGCUACUAGGCGCCCCGGUUCUGGACGACGCGAUUAGUGACGUCCUUGAUGAGAAAUCUUGUGCCAUAAAUAGAGCCUGCGAACGCUUGCAACUCCUUCCUCGCCACCACGCACUAUAUCUGCUCAGACAUUGUUUGGGCGCCCCGAAAAUUAUAUAUGUGCUCAGAUCUUGCAAUGCCUGGAAACAUCCACACCAGCUAUAUCAAAUUGACGAGUCAUUACGUUCGUGUUUUCAAGAACUCAGUAACGUUCGGGGGAACCACGACGACUAUCCUUGCUGGCGACAAGCGACUCUUCCGGUUAGUCGAGGAGGAAUUGGCAUACGUCGUGCGGAGGAAUUAUCACUCCCAGCCUUCUUGGCUUCGAUUCACUCCGCAUUUGACUUGCUAUCGUCGAUGCUUCCUCAACAUCCGGCAGUAGAUGCAUCAGAAGCAAUAGAGUUGUGGAAAGUUAAAGCUCGCCAACCGGAAAUGCCAGAAGUUGCCUUCCGAAAGCUGCAAAAAACGUGGGACUUGCCUCUGUGCAAUGUGUCAGUUUCGGUCUUAAUGGAAUUAUUUCGCAAUGAUGGUGUCAACACUGCCCGUUUACUCGCGCAGUCUAGGCCGGAAGCCGGUAUCUGGCUGAAUGCGCUUCCCUCAGCCCACAUCGGCAAUCUUCUCGACGACGAAACUAUGAAAAUCUCUAUUGGUUUGCGUCUUGGAGCAGAUAUUUGCGAGCCACAUAACUGCACCAAAUGCCAUAAAUUGGUGGACAAGCUCGGACACCACGGGCUAUCGUGCAGCUACUCAGCCGGUAGACAUGCGCGCCACGGAGGACUAAACAAUAUCGUGUGUCGGGCUUGUGUUUCAGCCGGAAUUCCAGCUAAGCUUGAACCACGCGGCACAUCGUCAACUACAGAUCAACGCCCAGACGGUUGUACAACUUUCGCCUGGAAAAGAGGGAUGUGCCUGGCCUGGGAUGUAACGUGCGUCGACACAAUGGCCCUUUCCCAUCGCCCGUCAACGUCGGUUACGGCAGGGCGCUACAUCUUUUCUCCGAUUGCCUUCGAGACGAUGGGACCCUGGGGCCCGUCGGCUAUCGCCAUUGUAAAAGAGUUGGGCAAAAGACUGCAGCAGCACACGGGAGAGCGUCGAUCGCAUGAAUUUCUGCGCCAACGGCUUUCACUGGAAAUUCAGCGCGGAAAUGCAGCAUCUAUCCUUGGCACGAUGGACGGAGUGGAUAGUUUAAAUGAAGUUUUGCUGUUGGGAAUAAUAUCACGUUUUUGUUUUUCUUCCACCUGAUCUGUACGUUGAUUAUUAAUAAAGAAU